CUUUUAUCUCUACUGGUUAUGUGCAGGGUCACAAAAUGUAAAGUAUAAGAGUAGGGUUGAGUGACCAAUACUCUUAUUAAGUGUUGGUUGUUGUUAUGAGAAAAACAAAAAAUGACAUUUUCAUCUGCGCAAGUUUUUCUAUGUCUUGGUUUACAAUUACUUUUUCAUGAAACAAUAUCAGCUUCUCCUACAAAACAUUGUAGCAACAAAGGAAAUGUGCAAAGAUGCCAUUAUCAAUAUUUGUCGAGAAUACUAAGGUGUGACGGCCGUUCACGUAACUCCUUGCCUUCUCCCACUGAGCUACAAGGCCCAGCCCCACCCAGCACUGCCUUAUCAAUAUACAUCAACUCAAGUUGCUUGCAAGAAAUUGACUCAGGUCAACUGCGGCAAUACACCCAUGCAAAGCAAUUAAACUAUGAUGAUAACAUGAUACAAACUAUUCCCAAGUCAUGCUUCAGUCAUUUACAUCUAGAAGAACUUAUAUUAUCACGGAAUUCAAUUUCAACCAUUAAUAGUGCUUUUAAUGGGUUAUCUCAUUUGAAGACAUUACACUUGAAUGGGAACCAGUUACAGGAAAUACUUGAUGACCAUUUUUCUGAAUUACUCAGUUUAACUAGCCUUGAUUUGAGUGACAACAUGUUAACCUACGUGCACAGAAAUGCUUUCGAAGGUCUAACGUCUUUGACCAGUCUUGAUCUAAGCAACAAUCGACUUACUAAGUUUGAACCUGGACAUUUAAGCGGCCUAGUGAACUUAAAUAAGUUGCGUUUAAGAAGUAAUCACUUACAAAGCCUUGAUAGCCACUUGUUGGUGUCAUCUCCACAUUUGGAAGUUGUUGACCUCAGUUUUAACAGACUUCAAUGUUUACCUGCCAACCUGUUUGAUAACCAAAGUGACCUGAAAUCAGUUCUACUCAUGUCAAACCAACUUCGUACUCCACAUCCAGAUUGGUUUCGAAGUAUCGUUGCAAAUGGGAGGAUGCCGGAUGUAAAUUUAAUGCAAAACAACAAAUGGUUGUGUGAUUGCCAUUCAAUAAGUUACAGAAAUUUUCUUUUGAAUGAAAUAACCGAGCACGAAGAUCAAUGGAUUGAUAAAUUGGAUGUUAGGUGCUUUCAACCUGCAACGAAUGAAGGAAAAUAUCUAAGUGAUGUAAAACACUUUGGAAGCAACUGUCCUUAUCCAUUAGAACCAUUGGAAUGUGAACAGCAAGAGUCUUCAACAAGAACAACAACAACAAAUGUUCCAAGGCCAACAACAACAACAACAACAACAAAAUCAACAACAACAGAAAAAUCAACAACAAUUAAAGCAAAGAUAAAUUCUAGGAGCCAAGUUACAACAACAAUUACUCUUCCUGUCAAUACUCCAUUGGUGUUAAACCUAGGUGCAGAUCUACCAACCAAGGAAGAUAAGAGUCCAUUGAUGAUUAUCAUUAUUUCUUUAGUCGCAGUUUUAUGUUUUGCUAUUUUAGGAAUGGCUGUUUACUGUAUGAGACGCAAAUGGAAAAAAGAGAAGUUGGUGAAAAAGCAAAAUAAUAAUCGUAUGACCAACAAAGAUGAUGAAGCAGGACAAAAUUUGUACGAAGAGCCAGAGAUAAAAAUGGAUGAUCAAACAAUCGACAAUCAAACUGGACCAAAGCUUCUUUAUUCUGCAUCAAGUUUAAGCUUAAAUGAAAUUGAGCCACAGUUGUACCAAGCCGGUGAAAUUCCUAAUCCUACAAACCGUAAAUACCGUAAACGUACAGACAGCGGUUUUGAAGAGGAAAAAUUACCUUCCCAAGCGCUUGAAACUGAAGAGCGAAUUAGCCACACAUCAUAUUAUGAUGGAAGAAGCGUUUUAGAUGGGCUAGAUCCGCUCGAAGAAGCAUAAUGCUCACAUUAUUAACUAAAACGUGUAUAUGCUUUUCAUUCGAAAUAUACCAUAUGGUAAACAUGAUGAUCAAGCUUUCUUUAUUAUGUGCACUAAAAACAAGUGGAUUAAAUAAGUUCAAUAUUUAUGCAUUUUUAUAGUAAAUAAUUCAUAUAUAAGUCACUGUAACAACCUUUUGAGGAUGAAAUGCGAUUUCUAAAAAUGUACCCAACUCGCUUUGUAAACUAUACACUUACACUAGCACCUCUUACUUUUUUAUUUGCUUUCAUAAAAUGAAUGCUUAACACGCUAACUGUUUUAACUACGCAUUCCAAAUAACUCGCAUUGCAUGUAUAAUCACGUGUGUAAAUACCGUGUAAAAGUUCAAACUAAAUGAAUAAACACGCAAGUAGUAA